AUGUCCUCCCUCCAGGCCAUCCGCUACCGGCGCGGCGAGCUGCUGGUGCUCGACCAGCUGCGCCUCCCACACGAACACCACUACGACCCCGUCUCGACCUCCGAGGAGGCCUUCGACUGCAUCCGCUCCAUGCGCGUGCGUGGCGCCCCGGCCAUCGCCAUCGUCGCCGCCCUCGCCCACGCCGUCGAGCUGCACAGCGGCGCCCACCUGUCCUCGGCCGCGACGACUCCCGACGGAACCGUUGCCUACAUCGACUCGCGCCUCGAUUACCUCUACGAGUCGAGGCCCACCGCCGUCGACCUGGGCAACGCCAUCACGAACCUCAAGAAGGUGGUGCGCGACGUUGAUGUGCAGGGACAAGAGGCGGGCGCCGCGAGCUCCAAGAUCGUCGAGGCCUACAUCGCCGCCGCCGAGGAGAUCUUCCGCAAGGACACGGACACCAACAAGUCGAUCGGCGCCCACGGCGCCGCGUGGCUGCUGGCCAACGCCCCGGCCAAGUCGGCCGAGGGCAAGGUGGCCGUGCUGACGCAUUGCAACACGGGCUCGCUGGCGACGUCGGGCCACGGCACGGCGCUGGGCAUCAUCCGCUCGCUGCACGAGGCCGGCCAGCUGGCGCACGCCUUCUGCACCGAGACGCGGCCGUACAACCAGGGCAGCCGGCUGACGGCCUUUGAGCUCGUCUUCGAGAAGAUCCCCUCGACGCUGAUCACGGACUCGAUGGCCGGCGCCCUGUUCAACACCCGCCGGGAGCGGGACCACAUCGCCGCCGUCAUCGUCGGCGCCGACCGGGUCGUGCGCAACGGAGACACGGCCAACAAGAUCGGCACCUAUGCCCUGUCGGUCUUGGCACGCCACCACGGCGUCAAGUUCAUCGUCGCCGCGCCCACGACGUCGAUCGACCUGAGGACCGAGACCGGCGCCGGCAUCAAGAUCGAGGAGCGCAAGCCCGAGGAGCUGACCCAGAUCAGCGGCGCCGUCGUCGGGAAGGACGGCAAGGUGGACACCAGCAGGACGGAGCGCGUUGCCAUUGCCGACCAGACCGUCGGGGUGUGGAACCCAGCCUUUGACGUGACGCCAGCAGAGCUCAUUGAUGCCGUCGUUACAGAGAAGGGAGUUGUCACCAAGGGCGCGGAUGGCAAAUUUGACUUUAGAGACAUCAUGCCCGAGAGGUGGGCCGAUGUCGUCGGUCAAUGA